GGAAUGUCAAAUUCAAUAUGGAGAAAUGUUGCAAUUAUCUUUCGAAUCUUUUCUCGCAUUAAAAUAUUGUUUCCAUAAACUGUUGACGUUUUCUUGGGGACAGCGUCAGAUAUAGAUGGUUGAAACUCCAAAUUGGGCUUUGAAGGCAGAGAUGUAACGCCGUAAUAUAUACUAAAUUUACAGAGUUAAUCAACUUACGGGAAUUCGCCAACGUCGACAAUACUGUCAAUAAAUCAUUGAAAGCGUGAAAUCUGUACAAUCAUGAAUGAUCGCUCGAAAAAGUUCAUCGAGGCUCUUCAUUCGGACUUUCGAGCAUUGUCUAAUGAAACCAAAAAGAAAUUUCAACCAGUGAAAGAAGCAUCAGAAGCGGGAAUUCUGAAGCUGAGAAAUCUACCUGCAAUAUACCAGAAAGACAAAGAUAUCUACAGAGUUCUGUCGGAAGAGAAUGAUAUUAUUCAACCAUUCAUACUGGGAUGCGACACAAAGAGUCUUCGUGUUGUUCAAAUAUCGCUAACAGCAUUGCAAAGGCUUAUCUCACAUCAGGCUGUAUCAGAGACCUCUGCGCAGAAUCUGAUUGACACAUUGUGGCUCAUUAUGGAGAGUGGACUUGAAGAAUUGAGGAUCUUGCAGACGUUGCUUUUGAUAUUGACAACUACAAGAAUUGUAAGGGGGGACUCGUUUGCGAAGGCAGUCAUGCUCUGUUUUAAGCUGUAUUUUUUCAAAGACCCAACAGUCAGUAUCACUGCAGCUGCGAGUGUUAGGCAAAUUGUGUCUGCUGCUUUUGAUAGAGUUGUAUAUGAAGACAGUUUGAACGAAGAUAAUGAACCCGAAGUAAUGCCGUCAAAUAGUCCUCGACAUAAGAAUUGUCCUGUGAGCUUAAAACCGUUUGCACGAGAUGCCUAUCUCAUAUUCCAGGAUCUGUGUCAAUUGACGAAUGGCGAGCAACCAUAUUGGUUGGUUGCUGUUGACGGAAUGAUACGAACAUUUGGUCUUGAAUUACUUGAAAGUAUUCUCAAGAGCUUUCCUAAUGUAUUUCUUAAGCAUCCGGAAUUCAGUUUUCUUCUCAAGGAAAGAGUUUGCCCUCUUGUCAUCAAGUUAUUUUCCCCGAGUAUCAAAUUCCGACAAGUUUCUGGUAAUUCGGGCGAUCCUCCUUUGGAAAAACCGGUGUUUCCUAUUUCGAUGCGAUUGCUGCGAAUCGUGUCAGUGUUGAUUGAACAAUUUUAUACAUUACUGGUGACGGAGUGUGAAAUUUUUCUAUCGCUUUUGGUGAAAUUUCUGGACAUCGACAAGCCAUUUUGGCAACGUUCUUUGGCCUUGGAAGUUCUUCACAUUCUUUGCCUUCAGCCACAACUUCUUAGGUCAUUUUGUCAAUACUACGACAUGCAAGAACACUCGACUAAAGUCUUUCAUGAUCUCGUUAACUCAUUGGCUAGUUUCAUCCAAUCGUUGUACUCCGCUGCCGGUCAGCAAGCAUCCACUGGGAGCCCUCCCCAUUCUCCCUCCUCUAAUAAUGCGUCAUCUAUUCAAAAUGCCAACGCAAACUUGUCUGGAAAUGGCAACCAGUCUGUCUCUGGUUUCCAGUAUCAUGGUGUAUGGUUACCGCUGGUCAAAUUACCUGCAGGCAAAGCAAAACCUGUGUACCUAGAUCAUCUCGACAGGGUCGACACUCCAAACGUAACAGAGGCUUACGCCAUGACAGUCGCGUUUAGAACCCUUUUGGCUCUGGUGAACAGUAUCAACGCUUUAGUAAAGUCGACUAUGAAGACUCUGGACGCAGCGCCACAGGUUGAGGGCUGGAUCGAGCCAGCUGAGGAAGCAAAGACCCCUGAUCAAACUGGAGUAGGUACAGAGGCUGUUGAGCAUAACGAAACUACUGAAGGGGAAACAUUGAACGAAGUUUGGAAACAAAUGCUAAACUCUUCUUGGUGUGGUUUACUAGCUGCGUUGUCUUUGUUAUUGGAAGCAAGCAACGACGAAUCAGCGACUGAGGGGAUCUUGAAAUGCUAUGAAAUACUUGCAAAUUGUUCUGGUUUACUGGGACUGACGUUUCCUCGAGACGCUUUCAUCAUGUCCUUGUGCAAAGCCUCGCUGCCAUCCCAAUGUUCUCUCUCUGUACUCAGUGUUCCCUCUUUGGACCCGUCCGCCGACCCAAGGCUUGCGUUGUCCAAAGAUUCAGAGUCAUCUGAUAAGACUGGCACUUUUCCCACAAUGGUUGCUGGAGUAGCUCCUGGGGCUCAAAAUGGACCAGUAACGUUGUCGUCGAAAAAUAUCAUGUGCAUGCGGGCAAUCUUGAAUCUGGCCCAUUGUCAUGGUGGAAUCUUGGGGACAUCGUGGUACAUUCUGCUUGCCACCCUGAAGCAUCUGACGUGGAUGCUUGGCCUAAUUCCAGCUGAAAAUGGCAGUUUGAAGUCCGGACCAAUUAACGAAAUUCCAAAUUUGGUUGUCAGCUCCUCAUUGAAGAAUGAAGUACCUGUCCUCUCUGCUAUGCUCUCGAGAUUGUUUGAAAGUUCGCGUUUUUUGGACGAUGUAGCGGUGCAUCAUUUGAUAGACGCUUUGUGUCGUCUUAUGAAUGAGUCAGCAGAGCAAGCGGAGACGAACAAGGAUCCUUCCUUGUUCCCCAUCGCCAAAUUGCUAGAGACGGGUCUGCACAAUCUUCACAGAAUUCCUGUACUAUGGAAGCCAUUGGCAGCUCACUUGCUGGAGAUUUGUCAAAGUCGUCACGGGCGCAUGCGCGUGUACGGUGCCGAGGCUGUCACGUUGCUGAUCUGCGAGGCAUUGAAUUUCGAUCACAAGCCUCCUUUGGUCGCCAACGCGUCUCUUCAAUCGACAAUUCUGUCACCGUUGCGUGAUAUGUCGCGUAAUGGCAAUGCCGAUGUACGCAAUCAGCAACUGGAAUGCGUUUUCAAGAUUCUUCAAUCAAAUGGUCCUAAUUUGGGAGAAGGGUGGCCUGUGAUCGUUGAGGUUAUCGGAGCUGCUACAAAUCAGAAAAGCUCGGGAAUAAUUCAACAUGGAUUUCAAAGUCUGAAUCUGAUCGUUACCGAUUACCUUCCCAUGAUUCAUUAUUCCAAUUUGAAAUUGGUGAUCGAUGUCGUCAGCAAGUUUGGCCUUCAACCACAAGAGUUGAACAUAAGCCUCACAGCCGUUGGAUUAUUGUGGAACAUCUCUGAUUUUUUGAAUCAAAACCGCGUCACCAUUGAAGAAGCUCUUAAGCAACAUGAGGCGCAGACUCAGGGCGAGACUCCCAGAGAAGAGCCCGCGUUAUCUCCCUCCGACAGGCUAUGGAUGGCUUUAUAUUCCAAAAUGGGCGAACUUUGUGUCGAUCCUAGGCCCGCGAUUCGCAAAAGUGCUGGUCAGACGUUGUUCUCCACAAUAAGUGCUCAUGGCUCACUGUUAGAAAAACAAACAUGGUACACCGUGUUGUGGCAGGUUUUAUUUCCCCUUUUGGAACGCGUCAAAACGAUGUCGAGCAGUGCUGCUUCAGUCCCACCGCCUAGCGACACUGCAAACCAAGGAAAGAUUCUCAUGCAUCAUUCACGUGAUACGGCGGAGAAACAAUGGGACGAGACACGUGUACUCUCCCUCAAUGGCGUUGCCCGCGUCUUCAACACUCGCAGGCAGCUUCUUGCGUCUCUUGACGAGUUCCCAAGGGCUUGGGCACUACUUUUGGAAUUUGUCGAAGCCUCUGCUUUAAGUAAAUCCGCUGAAGUAUCGCUGGCGGCGUUGAAGAGCUUCUUGGACAUCGUGCAGGAUCCCACGCCUGAUGACGAGGUGAAAAAACCCGAGGCUGUUUAUAACACUGAAAGUGGCAAUUUUGUCAGUAAAGGUAAAUCAAAGUUAAAAGUGAAGCCGAAAUUUUGCAAGGCAAGCGAAGAUGUUAAUCUAUGGGUGAACGCUUGGAGAGUCUGGCAUAGUAUUGGCUUCAUAUCCACUUCCAGUUCGCAUACGUUAAGGGAAAAGAAGGAUUCCAAUGGGCAAGUGGUGAAAUACCGUGUUUAUCCUACUCAGCCCUUCCUCUCCGCUUUGAUAGACGUGUUCCCGUAUUUGUUUCCGCGUAUUUAUUCGCGUUUCGGCCUUGCAGACUUGCAAAAGUUGUCGCACGUUUUGGUUAGCUCUCUUAGAAUGCCUGUGCAUGUAGAUGCAGCACCGUUUCUCACUACCUUACACGAGUCUGCUCUUACACCCCUGCAACUUUCCAUUUCGAAUGCGCUGGACAUGCUCCGGGAACCGAUUCCGGACCGUGGCUCAGUUCUGGACAAUAGCUCUCAACCAAUGUAUCCAACAGUUUUUUCAACGCUGUUGCAAGUGGUGAAUUUCGCUUGCAAGCCCCCGGCAUUGGAGGAUAUUGAAGAGGAUGAAAGAAAGAAUUGGGUCGUCAUAACUUUGGUACCGUUUGCUGAGAGUUGUGUUGAACGUGUGGUGGACUUGUACCGAGAGUGCGCCGAUAAUGAUAAUGUGAUCCAAGAUCACGUGAUUUAUAGCAUUGUUAAGUCGUUACAUGAGCCAUUGAAGUUGAAGUAUCAGUGUGGACGUCAAUCUACGUGGAAGCUUGCUAUCAAUUCUCUCAUCACGAUAUUGCAACUCGCGUUACCUGUUGCUUAUAAGGAUACUCGUACAGAGCUAUUUCAUUCAAUGUGGGAAGAAAUCGCCUCUACGUUUGAGGAUUUUUUGUUUGCCAUUAGUAAUCCACCUGAUACACAGACUUUAGACGAUCACUUGAGCGACGAACAGCUCGACUUAAAGAUACUUCGCAUUAUACGCGACGAUAUCCUGCCGCAUUCUGAUAUUCUUCCACGCGAUUUCUUGUCGAGAGUAAUGACGCUACUGAAUAAAGGCUCCAUUCAUUCUGCUACAAACUCUACUCUUGAAGGUCUUGAUGGUAGUAAAUUCCCGCUUCGUGAAGAGUUUGCGAAAACAUGUUUUGAAAUUCUUUUGGAGUUUUCAUUCUCUCAUGGCAAUGCAAAGGGAAUUCAGAAAGAGGGAAAGGUCUCACAAUUAGCCAUUGACUCGCUUCUCGGACGCUGUAAGGAUGUUCUUUCCAAAUACUCGGAAGAUGAUAAACUUGGCGGAAAAUGUCCCUUACCAAGAACACGUAUGGCUGAGGUUACAUUUGUGAUAAAGGCGAUGGCAACUUUAGUGUUGUCAUUGAAAAAGAAUUCAAAAUCGCCUUCAACUAAUUGCAAAGUUGAUCCAAGACUGUGGUCUCAGGUGGUCGACAUCUAUCCGUGCCUCGUCGAAUGUAUUACGUGCAGCUCCGAUGAUGUACGCGAGGCGUUGAAGCUAACGUUAUUCGAAUUUCAGGAUCUCCUGUUGCAUGACUACGACAAUGCAAUCAAUAAUCAAUAAUCAUCAUCAGAGAAAGGCCAUUUUGUUCCUUUCCCAUUAAAAAACGAGAAAUGUCGGUAAAAAUAAAAAGCCCAGCUUAGGUAAACCUUUUCACGUGAUUUUAAGGUUGCUGUUUCAUGUUACGUGCGUUCACUACUUUUUUUGCUAUUUAUUGACCGCUGACCGUAAACUGAGCCAAACAUCAAUACACGCAUGCUCGUAACAUGGAUUUGUAGCCAUCUUUAAUAGCAAUUCAUUUUUGUAGAAAUGACAAAAUUUAAAUUAUUGGGGAAACUCCUCGCUUGUAAUUUCAUUUCAUUGUUUCAAUGCAUUUUCACGCGAUAGCAGUAUGCGAAAAAUGAAUCAUUUGUUAUAAUUUCCUGUGGUUUACACGUUUUCUACUUUUUAUGUACAUCUGAUUUUAUAAAUAAAUCAGUAUUGUUGGCAAUAGCUCAACAUUCAACUA